GAUUUUGCCGAUGCUUAGAAAACAUCGAUGACAUUGCUUUUGGAAUCGACAAAUGUCCAUCUCUAAUAUAUAGUCCUCUUCUGUUUCAUUGGAGUAAAGUUAGCUCAGCCAAAAUGCAAGGUCUUGGUCUGCAAAGUCUCAAAAAAAAUCCAGCUUUAAUUCCACUUUAUGUGUGCGUUGGUGCGGGAGCUAUUGGAGCCGUCUACUACAUGGCUCGACUUGCUACUCGUAAUCCCGAUGUUACUUGGAAUCGUACAUCAAAUCCCGAACCAUGGCAAGAAUACAAAGAAAAACAAUACAAGUUUUACUCACCUGUGAGGGAUUAUUCCAAAACUAAGAGUGCUGCCCCCAACUUUGAAGAAUAAUAGCAGCUGUAAUUAAAAAAAGUAAAAUGUAAUUUGAAAUAACUUCAAAUUAUGAAUAAACAUAGUGGAUUUUAAAA